UAGCGUAGGCUGGCCGGGCGGUGGCGAAGGCGGCGGUGGCGGCCGGCAUGGGCGAUGGGGGCGCCGAGCGCGACCGCGGUCCCGCACGCCGGGAGUCGCACGGCGGCCGCGGCGGGGACCGAGGCGGAGCGGAGGACUCGGGUACCGAUGCCAGCCGCCGGAACCCCAGGGAAAUUGCAGGGACCUCUGCUUCUAGCCCCGCGGGCUCCAGGGAGAGCGGCGCGGACAGCGACGGCCACCCCGGGCUCGGUGAGGCAGACCACUGCCGCCGCAUCCUGGUGCGAGAUGCCAAGGGGACCAUCCGGGAGAUUGUCCUGCCUAAGGGCCUGGACCUGGACCGGCCCAAGCGGACCCGCACGUCCUUCACGGCCGAGCAGCUCUACCGCCUGGAAAUGGAGUUCCAGCGCUGCCAGUAUGUGGUGGGCCGGGAGCGCACUGAGCUGGCCCGCCAGCUGAACCUCUCCGAGACCCAGGUAAAGGUCUGGUUCCAGAACCGCCGCACCAAGCAGAAGAAAGACCAGAGCAGAGACCUGGAGAAGCGGGCGUCCUCCUCGGCCUCUGAGGCCUUUGCCACCUCCAACAUCCUGCGGCUGCUGGAGCAGGGCCGGCUGCUGUCCGUGCCCAGGGCCCCAAGCCUCCUGGCGCUGAACCCUGGCCCACUGGGCCCACCUGCCGGCCACAGGGCCACCUCACUGGGUGACCCCAGGAACUCCUCCCCGUGCCUCAACCCAUUGACCUCAGCCUCGGCUUCGGCGUCCCCGCCACGGCCACCCCCUCCACCAGCACUCUGCUUUUCCAUGGCUCCUCUCCUGGACCUGCCCGCCUGCUAUGAACUCAGCUCCUCAGCCUUCGAGCCCUACAGUCGGCUGGAAAAGAGAGGAGGCAGCCCUGGAGGUGGCAAGAAAGCCAAUUUUUAAGCCUCCACCACCCUGUGACACUGAGUCCCCAAGCACGGCACCGUCCCUGUCUGCCCUGACCCGUGGGCUGCCCGGAGCCCGG